UACCGAACAGACACCUAGCUACCUAAAGCAGCCUGCGGAUCUAGCCUCACAAGCAAACAAACAAAGCGAGACAACAUCAUCAAUAUCAACAAUACCUCCCCCCAACCACCUAAAAAGAAGACACAAACAGAUAACCCCCCGUCCCAAAUCCUUUUAAUAGUGGAAAUCGUACCCCUGGGGCGGUGAGGGGAGAGAAGGGGGGUGUUACAGCAACCUGAGCAAUGCGAUGGAAAGGUCUGCUCUGUCACAGUAUCGGCUCCCUGGGUCCGGCACCCCCCCCCCCUCCCCACAUACCCCCCCACCACAACCUCCCCGCCGCUUGCUGUGAUGUGAAUAUUAACGAUGCUGUACAACCCGCUGCUGUCAUUCUCGCCGUCUUCUCCGGGUGGAAAGGUUCUGUUCUGCCCUCCAGCGUCUGAACCCUGAGCAGCGCCGUCCGACGGACACCGUGAGCUCGGCCCUGUCAUGUGACAGGCCUCCCUGCCCUGCUGACGCUGCUGUCCUUCUGAAAGGUGCCAGGGCUUGCCGGGCGGCUUAUUGGAUUCGCGGGGAGGUGAUGACUCAGAACUCAGUGGCGGGGGUGCCCGCCCCGAUGGAACCGCAGGAGGAGCGGGGGAGGGGCGAGGAGCCUUCCCAGAAUCCCCUGCAGGCGGUCCAAGGCGCGUGGUGGGAGAGGCUGUGGAGGGCGGGCGUGACGAUCGGCUGCUUCCUCUGCCUCUGCGUCCUCUCCCAGAUCACGGGAGUUUGGGUCCUCUACAUGAUGAAUGGGUACGGAGCUUUCCCGGCUGCCCAUAAAGUCUUGGACCUCAUGCAGUACAUGCUGUCACCACUGGGGGCAUAUAAUUCACUGGAGGAAGAGUCAUCCCAGUCGGCGCAGAAGGAGCUGUGGAGGAAAGAGAGCUUGUGCCCCCUGCUGGCCACCCUCUUCCUAGGCAUUGUCAUCCUGGGCAUCGGGGUGCUGUACUGUCUGAGAACACUGGCUCCCGGGAGCAGCCUAGGCUUCCCCGACGACCGUCGCCAGUCCAUGAGCCGUCAGCCCUCCUUCACUUACUCUGAGUGGACCGAUGGCAAACAGGACGAGUUCUACGACCUGGACCCCGUGCCGGAGACCCCUGUCUUCGACUGCUUCAUGGACAUGAAGGCAGAGGGCGAGCCCACCUCCCUCACCGUCAAAUCAGUGGGGCUGCAGGAAAGGAGGGGCUCCAAUGUGUCUCUGACACUGGACAUGUGCACACCAGGCUCCACGGAGCCGUACGCUGCCAUGCUGUCGCCACGGGAACAGUCAGCACGGGAACACCUGCAGACGGCCUCCAAUGUGUUAACAGCGGCCCAACUGCACACCCGCGCCCUGGACGACGCCGCCCUGCAGGCUGAGUUUUACGAGACUCCUAUGAACUUUGUGGACCCCAAGGAAUACAACUUUCCCGGACUGGUGCGGAAGAAUCGAUACAAAACCAUCCUUCCGAAUACGCACAGCAGAGUUUGCCUUAAAGCUACAGAUGAGGAGGACUUCCUUAGGACCUACAUCAAUGCUAAUUACAUGAGGGGGUACAAAGGCCGGGAAAAGGCGUACAUCGCUACGCAGGGCCCCACAGUCAACACCGUCACCGACUUCUGGAGGAUGGUGUGGCAGGAGCGGUCGUCCAUCAUCGUCAUGAUCACCAACAUCGAGGAGAAGAACGAGAAAUGCACAGAGUAUUGGCCGGAGGACAGCGUGACCUAUGAGGGGAUCGAGAUCACCGUCAACCAGGUCAUCCAGGCGGACGACUACAGCCUUCGGAUCUUCACCGUAAAGUGUGAGGGAGAGGAGCGUAGCCUGAGGCAGUAUUGGUACACUUCCUGGCCGGACCAGAAGACUCCAGACAAGGCCCCGCCCCUGCUGGAGCUGGUGCAGGAUGUGGAGGAGGCGUGGCUGCAGGCCCCUCCCUGGAGUGGGCCUGUCAUUGUCCACUGCAGUGCUGGGAUUGGUCGGACCGGCUGCUUCAUUGCCACCACCAUCCUUUGCGAGCAGCUGAAGAAGGAGGGUGUGGUGGACAUUCUGAAGACCACCUGCCAGCUGAGGCUGGACAGGGGAGGCAUGAUCCAGACGGCAGAGCAGUACCAGUUUGUGCACCACGUCCUUAGCCUCUAUGAUCGACAGCUCUCUCGUCAUGUAGAGGAAUAGGAACCAUCCUAUGCCCCUCCCACAAGUAACAACAACAACAAAAAAAAUUAUUUAACAAGAGAAACAUCUGCCCUAGCCUUCAUCAUCGCAGGUUCUGAGUCUCUCCAUCCUCCAUCAUAGCCUGAGCUCUCUGAAACCCCAGCAGGGCCAAAGCCAGCCUGAGUCUCCACAAAGCCAGUCAUCUGCCCAGCCUGCCAUGAAGCCCUCUGGCACCCCAGGUCUCGAUGGGUCCCCAGCUAAAGCACAAAGCAGCCGCCAGGUUUGGACUGGAAUGUGAGCGGACCCUAUAACUGCCAGCGCGGGAGGAGCUCUGGGCCAAACCCAUGGUGCCCCAGUCCUGUUCCCUCUCUGUGGAUCUGAGGCCUCGCGUUCAGGAGCCCAUCGCUGGACAUCUCCACCCUGUGGAAAACCAUCUUUAACCUACUCUCUGUUGAACCUGUCUUUCUAAUGAUCAAAAUCAAAGAAGCAGAUAUCUUGAUUGCCACCCACAUUUUGGAGAUGAUUCCCUGAAAAUCCCUUGGAAAAGAAAUGUUCCCUCAUCGUCACUAGAGGAGAGUGGAGGGACCGGGGUCAGUGGUCUUUGGGUCGGGUGACUAUGUCAGAGUACUCUGGGGGCCAUGUCUGAAAGAUUAAUUUAUACUACUGUGCCAUUCAGCACACAAGGACCACAAACAUGACAGCCGAAAGGAGGAAUGUGCCCUUCAAAUCUAUCUCUCAUUUCUGCGUGUGUGCGUGUGUGUGUGUGUGUGUGUGUGUGUGUGCGUGCGCAUGCACAUGUGUGCAUGUGUGGGAUGUAUGUGAGAGAGAGGGUGUGCAUAUAAUGACAUGGGAUGCAAAUAAGGGCAAUGUACAUGGGACGCAAAACAAUAAAAGGAUUGACAAAACCUAAUCAAUUUAAUCGAAACUGCUAAAAGAAUAAUUAGUGAGACUGGAGGUGGAACUGAACUGUAUUUUUCAGUAUAAAACAAUAUUUUUGGCUCAGAUCAUGUCCUUUUUCACUUGAUGUCUAAUUACAUUGCCCUUUUUAUGCAGUACAGUGUGUUUUAUGUGGUACAACGUGAACAAUGUGUACAGCCACACUGUGGCUUCAGAUGGAAUAAUGCUUAAGGGACCCUCUUUUGCCCAGUGAUCCAUAACUACCAGCUGGGGUCCCAGGAACAGCAGAGACCUCUGCGCUCUAGAGUUCUGGGUGCAGCACAGAUGUCUGGAAUGUGGAGUUCAGGCAGCAGCAGCAGCAGCAGGAGCAGCAGCAGAGAUCUCUGGGAUAUGGAGUUCUGUAAGCAGCAGCUGUCACUGUUCAAGAAACAGAAGAAACAGAAGAAAUCUCUAGGAUACUGGGAUAUUCAGCUCCAGGAACAGAAGAGAUCUCUGGGCUAUUAAAGUCCCAGUGGCAGAGGAGCGCUCCAGGGAUGUCUCCACUUUUGUCUACAGAAUGUCUCUAAGGUCAGGGUCCCCAUGUCUCCUGCCGCUGCCACUAAGAAUUGACUCUUUAAGUGUCAACACUCUACAGCGACAUGGGUCUCAAGGGAAAGGUUAACCGAGCACAUGACUUUAUACAAAAUGGCCUUACUCAGUGUAUGUCCUUUCUGUUCUACACCAGGGGGCACCGUUGAGCACCAGCUUUGCUCAGUGUACAUUUACCUUCAGUUACAACAAUCUUAGUCAGAGCAAAAGUAUGGGUGCCCUCUGUAUUAUAACCAUCCACUGGUUGCAGUUGUUCUUUUUAAUCUCUAAAUGACAAAUCGGUCUGGCUCAUUUCCUGAACCGCCAGGUCGUCAGCUCUGAUAUGCCCUCAUAUUGAUACCCCUUAACUGUCUCAGUUAAGGAGUACAGACCAUGUGACAUAUAUUCUAAUGAUGGAACGGAUCGGUCGGGAAUGUUUGAAAUCAGCCACGCUGAUGAGCCGUUUGGGGGGGGAGGACGCCCCAUUGGUCUGCUUGGCCGCAGAGCCACAGGAGCAGCGCGCUCAGAUCUGGGGUCACUGGCGGUGUCUGGCGGAACAGUGACCUCCUGUCCCUGCAUGAAACAGUGACAUCUGUUCCAUAGCCCCGCCUGAAGAGUCUUCAUGGUGCAGUGGUGUCCUGCUAGUGAGAGCCUGCAAUGCCUUGUUUUCCCCCACCAGUAGAGAGAUAGCGCAUGCAUGUACUAUGCUGUACAUGCUUUAUUUAGUUAUUUAUUUAUUUAUUUAUCUAUCUUUUGUUCCUUGAAUUUUCAAGAUGCUGCAUCUCGCUUUUUAAGAGAUCACAAUGCCGCUACACUGUUUAUCCAACUACUGUUACUCAUGUAAAUAUCAGCCUGCCCCCAUCUCUCCUGUCCGUGUAAAAUGAAAGGCAUCAUUUGUGGGGAGUGGGGAUUGCUGGUUAUUGCAAUGCCUUCUUUGCUUUGGGAGGUCAUGUAUCUUUGUCUUGUUUAAUUAUCUUGGUUCAGACUUUGUUCAGUCUGCCCGUGUGUCCAUUUGCUGCUGGGUGUAUGAUUUAUAGUAAAAUGAGACGACAUCCUUCAUUCAGGCAGACUUGCUCUUGUGCGGCGCAUCUGAUUGGCUGGGUUCAUUUCCUGUCUGCAGGAGGAGAUGCAGGAGUUGAGCUUUGAUAUUGUGUGACUCCAUUAUCACCACCACCUUUGUGUUUCCAGUUAUGUGUGGCUUCUCCACCUCAUUAUCAGCAUGCUGACCAAAUCUCUAAACACAGACGGUGUUCCUGUAGGCACAUCCCUCAUGUAGUAUUAUACACACAUUAUUAAGACAUUUGAAAGAACAAAAUUGCCAGGUCUUUAAUUCCGAUUGCAUGUAACUUUAAUUUCUUCAAUGUCUAUGUUAUUUAUGCUUUGUCCCAUAGAUUCAUAUUUUUUCUGUAUUCUUAUCAAUUACAUUAAUUACAAACUAAAAUGUAAGUUAGUAAGAUAGUACAGAUGUUUACAUACUUAGCCAAAGAUGCUCUAUCUUCAAAUUUAAUUUUCUAUACAGUUUGUGCACGGUACUGUAUUUUCCCCAAAGUAAAUAAUUUAUGGUACUUAAAGAAGCAUUCAAUGAGGGGAACGAGAGAUCAGAAACAUCAGCACAGGUUUGAAUCACCAGCACAAAUGCUUUGUAUGAAUGUUAGACAUAAGCUGA